AGAUGCUCAUUUCAUCUUCCCCCUUUCUCUCUUCUUCUUCCUCCUCCUCUUCCCCUCUCUGCUUUUUACUUGUUUUCGUUCUCUCCUCUAGGGUUCUUCGUUUUCAGAUUCGUUGCUUAGCUACUGCUCUCUAUUGUUUGCAUUGGUUAAAUUUGAUGGGUUUUUUUGUAGAAGAGUCAGGGUUGAUAGUGACCCAUCUUUUAUACAAGGCAGCUCUUGUAUUAGCAGUCUUGAGAUGGGCCUUGGCUUGGGCUCUGAGAUUCAAAAACAGAACCCAUUUAGCCUCUCCCAGCAAUGAUUCUCUACGGCGAUCUCAUCCUGUUCCUUCUUCGCAGCAAAUUAGGGACGGUCUGAUCUUGACCACUUUCGGUGAUGUCACAGAGAGGAUGCCAGGAGUUUGUGACACAUGUGCUGUCUGCUUGAGCCAGCUGAGGGAUCAAGAUGAGGUCAGAGAGUUGAGGAAUUGCUGCCACGUGUUCCACAGGGAUUGCAUUGAUAGAUGGGUAGAUCACGAUCAUGAGCAUGAUGAGAAUCACAACACCUGCCCUCUGUGUAGGGCACCGUUGCUGACAACCUCGCAGAGCCUGGCUAGGACCAGGGCUGAGCCUAGUUGGGCUGUUGAGAGAAUUCUCUACCUCUUUGGGGAUGACUUGGUGAUGUGAUCAAGUCGUUGUUGCUCCCCUGUUUUCCACUCUCUCUCUCUCUUUUUUAAUUUUCCUCCUUUUUUUUCUUUUUAAAUAAUUGGUCGUGUGAAACUGAUUGUCAAGAAUACGUGGUGCUCAUUAUUGUAUUAGGAAAAGAAAUUAGGGCGAGUAGCCGUAGGAUCAAUUUUGUAUGGUCUCUUGGAGUUGUAUAUAUGUAUUUUACGGUCUCUGCCUUUCAACUGUUA